GAAGUUUACGAGAAGACGGCGAAAGAUUUGGUGGAAAAUGUCGUCGAAGGAUACAAUGGGACUGUCUUUGCGUAUGGCGCCACGGGUUCCGGUAAGACGUAUACAAUGGUAGGAGAAGACGAAAAUCCCGGAAUCAUGGUACGAGCUUUGAAAGAUCUCUUUAAAGAAGUUAACACGAAGCACAAAAUCUACGACGUCACCAUGUCGUACCUUGAGAUCUAUAAUGAAAAUAUUCGUGAUCUUCUAAAUCCUUCACCAGCACAUCUUGAAUUAAGAGAAGAUGCGAAAGGUAAUCACCAGGUAGCAGGAUUGUCUGAAAUGGAUAUAUCCUCGUCGGAGGAAGUCAUGUCAUUAUUAAUGAGAGGCAACAAAAGAAGAACUCAAGAGUCUACUGGAGCCAACAAAACAUCUUCGAGAUCUCACGCAGUUCUUAUGGUUCAGGUAAAGAAACGGAGUCCUGCGCAUAGCCAUGAGCAGAAAAUGCGAACUGGUCGCUUGUACAUGGUAGACUUAGCUGGAUCUGAAAGAGCGGCACAAACACAGAAUACAGGAAAACGGCUGCUUGAAGGAGCACACAUCAACAAGUCUCUUUUGGCUCUUGGCAACUGUAUAAAUGCUUUAGCGGAAAGGAAUUCCAAGUAUGUUAAUUUUCGGGAUAGUAAGCUUACACGCAUACUUAAAGAGCCAUUGGCUGGAAAUUGUAGGACGGUCAUGGUUGGUCACAUCAGUCCUUCCCAUUUCCACUUUGAAGAGUCUAGAAACACUCUAGCCUAUGCAGACAGAGCGAAAAAUAUCACCACCAAGCUAAAGAGUAAUGUGUCUGACGUUUCAUAUCACGUGGCUCAGUAUCAGACAAUCAUUAACGAGCUAAGGCAAGAGAUAGAAACUUUGCAUCAAAGGAUACAAGAAUCUAAACCUUCGCCUACUCCUGACGAAACGAUUGAUGGUAAUAAAGAUGAGAAGAAACUAACAGAUGACGAGAUGAAAGAACUAAAGAAACAGCUAAUAGAAUCUUUCAACACUCAAAUGGAUGUCAGGAGGAGAAUGAUGGAGAUAGAUAAUACACUUCUUGCUCAGAGCAUAGAAUUUGACAAGCUUGGCAUGAUUAUCAGCGAAUGGGAAACAGAAAAAGCUGUAUCUGCUUUAGAAAAUGGGGAAGAAGAUCGGAGUAGUGAAAGUGCCAGUAGUAAAGACUACGAAAAAGAAGAGAUGCCGGAAUACGUUGCUCAAGCAUUUGAGGAUUUACAGUUCGUAAAAAGCCAACAUCACAGAUAUUUGCAAAUGCGUGAGGACUGUGAGACGGAUUAUAAUAAUUGUAAAAAGAAGACGAUAUCGGUAACCGAAUCUCUUACUGAGAAAGCCAGUUCUCGAGAACAGAGAGAACUUCUUCAUCUCCUUACUCGAGUUUACGAGCUUGAAAUAGAGAAGUUGGAAAUGCAAUCUGCUCAGUUGUGCAGGGAUCAUGAACUGCGGUGCAGAGAUCUAAUGAUCCUCCGCUACGACAGGCAGCGACAGUUAUGCGAUGAGAUUAUCACAAAGCAAAGAAUCCUAAUUGACUCUUUGGCAACAGGAGAAAAAACGCAGAAUGCAACCGCAAGGAGAGAACUGAAUGAAUUGUAUCGAAUUUACCAACAAGAAAUACAGGAAUUAAGCAGCGGCAGAAAUUCUAGCCAGCUUAGUCUUUAUGGAAAUCUUUAUAGGCCAACCUCUAGUGGACUGCGUCCUCUUGGCAGCAGUGGCAGUAUGCUGGAGCUCCAUCAACUUGAUUCUAAUAAAUACACUGACACUACUGCUUCCAAAAACCCCAAUCCACUUCCUCCAAUAGGAUCGCACAGUGAAAAUGGGGAAGACAAACGCUUGUUUCAAAGGAGGAAACGUGAGCCAUUUCGUCGUGGUUCGGAUGAUGAUUGCUAUGGAGGUGCUCACUUACCGCCCCUAUCUAACGGGUCUCUGGAGUUCAGGAACCGUCGAGCUAAUUCCAGAUUUUCUAACUCCUCUUCCAAUUCUUCCACAUUCAUAUCAGAUCAGAGGUCUAUUUCUCUCAGCAGUCCAUUUGAGUAUACAUCUUAUUCAAAUAGCAGUCCAAACGGAAGAAGCAGUGACUGUUCUGAUCGCCAAAAGCUGAAAAGAUUAGAAGAAUCAGAAGAGCCGCUGAGGAAAAGAUACGGUUUGCUGCCUUCGCUCAGAAUACGUCGCGGUCGAGGAACAAGUUCAGAUUCUGAGGUUCUUGCAUACAAUAAAUUGAAAAAAUUACAGAAGGAUCCGAGUAACAUAAGCACCAAAAAAUUCCAUCCAGAAGGGCUUAAACACAGAAUUGCAGAAGAACGGAGGACAAAAAUUUGGGGUAAUGGCCAAGGAUUUGGCUAUUAAAUCCAUAAACCAAUCUUGAAAUAAAAAAAAAAUUCAUUUUCAUCGAAAUAUUUUAUAUAUUGAUUCAUCGAAAAGAGUUUGAAAAGUCAAGAAUGGGAACAUUAUAUUAUUGCCAGGCAUUUCUUAUUUGCUUUACAAAUUAAAAGCAACUUGUGCUUCCAAGAAAAUGAACUAGUACAUAUUGAAAGAAAUGUGUUUCUGAAUUUAUAAAAACAUUGUGUGCGUAUGUAAUCAAGCGUUAUUUACUGAGCAGAAUGAGAAGAUAAACAGAACUGCAGUAGUUUGAAGCUGUGUAGAAAUAUUUCUUUUUAAUAACUGCAGAGUUGGCAGAAGCAAAAUUUGUAUAAUAGAAGUUUCUAUUCAAUAUUUUUGUUAUGUAUAAAACUAUAUACUUCAACUGAUAUAUUAUUAUUUUUCGUGUUUUAGUUUUUUAUUUCAUUUUAUUUGUCAUGAAAUGAUUAGCAUGAGUUGUAUUUUGAUGGAUGAUAGAUGGAAGACUGUUUGCUUUCUAUGCAUUUUGAAAACUAACAAAUUCAGAGUACUGGGAAUAAUUGAAGGCUUGAAAAAAAUUUUCCAUCCAUCUGUCCAAAAAUAAGUUGUGUCAGAUUUUGAAAAUCUGUUUCCUCUUAUCUAAAGGUAUUUCUUAAAUUUUACUAAUAAUUUGUUUCGUUCAUUUUACAAUAAAAUAUGCAUAAUAAGAAAUACCUAAGAAAUUGUCCAUAUGUACCAGUUGAGUUAUCUGGUGGAGAAACACGAUUUAGCUCUGUCGUUAAUGUUCAGAAUAUGGAAAUUCUCUUAUGUUAAAUGAAAUGUACAUAAUUUAAUUUUUAAUUUAAGGAAGUUAGCUUUCGAUUUUAAACUUGCCUUCGUAUCCUAUUUUCCUUUUGUUAUUAAUUUCUUCUAUUAUGGAACAUAACGUUGUUAACAUGGAAGAUUGUAGCUGCCCUAGAUCAAAUUCAGUCAUUUUCAAUAAAGGAAGAAAUAAUCCAAAUUUUGUUUAGAACUGGAAUCAUGAAGGGUUCCCGAAUCUUUAAUAGUAAAACAAAAAAGAAAAAGAAAAAAGAAAGAAGAAAGAAAGAAAAAUACUUUUACUCAAUAUUUAUAAAGUUUUUGUUUAAGAAAAUUUUAGGAAUAAUAGAAAUAAUUUUAGGAAUAAAAAAUAGGAAUUUAAGGAGUGCAAAUGUAGUAAUAAAAUUUUUAAAAAUAUACCUGUAUAUAUUAAGAAGAUAGAAAUGAAAUUUAGUAAAAUAAAAACAUAAUUAAAAAACUUGAAUGAUAAAAUUAAUUUUUCCCAAUAUAAUAUGACAAAAUGCUUAUGAGCAAUUCAGAUUUUUUCAUGCCUUUAAAAGUUUUUCAAAUAAAAGCAACCAUAGAUGGGAGGAUCAUUUGAAAAGUUAACAGAGAUAAACUUUAAAUAUGAAACGUUAAAUUAUUUACAGGCAUUUAAAAGUGUGGACUGUGGACUGGAUGUAAGUAAAGCUAAUACUUCCAUUACUUUGAGAUAAUAUGCUUAAUGUAUUUUCAGAGCUAAGAUCUGAAAUAUUAGAAUGGUGGAAAGAAUGCGGAUAUACAGAUUUCCAAUUUUCGAGCCUUUUUUAAGAUUUGAGAAUCCGAAAGUUUCAUCUGAAAAUAUUUCUGAUUUGUUGUUGUAAAUUUACUAAUACCACUGGUUUAAUGUAAGCAACGUAAUUUAUGUGUUCGAAAUUUAUGUUUUUUAAUUAUUCAUGUGAUGGGAAUGCAAUUCAUGUUUGGAUUUAUCAAGCGCAUUGCUUUGUAUUGUCUUAUAUGUAAGUAUAGUACGACAACAGCUUUUUGAAGCUCAAGAUAUAUUUAUUUGCUGCUUUUUUUUCUUUUUUAUAAUUCAGUAAAGAUGUUGAAUAUUUAUUUACUUAUUAUUUUUUGUUUUCAUGUUAUCUUUUCUUCGGAACAAAAUUUUUGUUAUAAUUUCUUAUUGCAUAAA